GUCUUUUUUUUUUUGUUUGUUUGAUGAAUUGCACUACAAAAGCACAAUUUGUUACCCCUCUCAGUGACUCUGUGUGUGUGCGUCUCUCUCUCUCUCCUUUCCAGUCUCUCUUUCUCUUGGCUUGGAAGCAACGCCUAUCAGCAAGUUGCAUUCUAUAUUUGAGUCAGAGAGAAGCCAUGGCUGAGACCAGUCUUAUCUUCUACAGAGGAUUAGUUUUGGGGUCCAUAGCUUGCUUGUUCCUGGGUUUUGUAGUACCAACUCAAUCAGCUCCCGAAGCUGCUCUAGUUACUCAGCUUCCUGGUUUCACUGGCACUUUUCCUUCAAAACACUACUCUGGGUAUGUGACAAUUGAUGAAAACCAUGGGAGGAAUCUGUUCUAUUAUUUCGUUGAAUCAGAGAGAAAGCCGACGGAGGACCCAGUGGUUCUUUGGCUUAAUGGUGGACCUGGAUGCUCCAGCUUUGAUGGAUUCGUUUAUGAGCAUGGCCCAUUCAAUUUUGAAGCGGCAAAGACUGAGGGAAGCCUUCCCCAAUUGCACCUUAAUCCAUACAGCUGGUCUAAGGUAUCCAACGUUAUAUAUUUGGAUUCUCCUGCUGGUGUGGGGUUUUCUUACUCAAAAAACAGAACUGACUACAGAACUGGCGAUUUAAAGACUGCUUCUGAUAGCCAUACAUUUCUUCUGAAGUGGUUUGAAUUGUACCCGGAGUUUGUCUCCAAUCCAUUUUUUAUUGCUGGAGAGUCAUAUGCUGGAAUUUAUGUGCCAACUCUAGCUUAUGAAGUAGUCAAAGGACUUGAUGCAGGUGCAAAGCCCAUACUCAACUUCAAGGGUUAUUUGGUGGGCAAUGGAGUUACUGAUGAUGUGAUUGAUGGCAAUGCUUUGGUUCCAUUUGCACAUGGAAUGGGACUGAUAUCAGAUGACCUGUUUGAGGAGGUUACUAAUGAAUGUAAUGGAAACUUUUAUAAUUCAGCCAUUGAAAGUUGUCAGAACAAGCUUGCAAAAGUUGACGAGGACAUAGAAGGACUGAACAUAUAUGACAUCCUAGAACCAUGUUAUCACGACCCAAGCAUAUGGGAGACUCCAACUAUUGAAUUAAAACUGCCAUCCAGCUUCCGACGGUUAGGUGAGACUGAAAGGCCACUUGCUGUAAGAACAAGAAUGUUCGGUCGUGCCUGGCCUUUUAGAGCUCCUGUUAGAGAUGGAAUUGUUCCAACUUGGCCACAGCUUCUUAACGGCCAGACUGUCCCAUGUACCGAUGAUGAAGUUGCAACUGCAUGGUUGAAUGAUGAAACAGUUAGGAAAGCAAUUCAUGCGGAAGAGGAAAGCAUAAUUGGUCCUUGGGAGUUGUGUACAGGCAACAUUGUUUUUAGUCAUGAUGCUGGGAGUAUGAUCAAUUACCACAAGAACCUUACUUCCAGGGGAUAUCGGGCACUUAUAUACAGUGGCGAUCAUGAUAUGUGUGUUCCAUACACUGGUAGUGAAGCAUGGACAAGAUCAGUUGGUUAUAAUAUUGUGGAUGAAUGGAGACCUUGGAAUUCCAAUGGACAAGUUGCCGGGUUUAUCCAGGGUUAUGAAUACAACCUCACCUUUGUAACCAUAAAGGGAGCUGGACAUACUGUUCCGGAAUACAAGCCACGAGAGGCAUUGGAUUUUUACAGCCGGUUUUUGGCCGGACAACCAAUAUAAACCAAAUAUGUCAGUUACAAUAGAGUGCCUACCGGAUUAUCAGUAACACAGCGAAGGAAAGAAAGAAGUGCCUGCCUGAUUAUCAAUAAGAAUAAGAAAAAAGAAGGCUCACAAUGUAUGAUUAAUUUGCAUGGCUAUAUGAUAUUUAAACAUGAACUGAAUAAUAAUUUGGUUUUAAAGCAACAGUAGCAAGAGUUUCCUUGAAUGUGAAUGCAUCAUUUUACCCACC